UUAGUCAGGUUAGCAUGUGCUGUCAGGUGGGUCGUGGCACUUCCUCUCGGCGUCUGCCUCGCGACACAGCCUCGCUCACGCGACCAACCGAUGUGAACUUUUUCCAGAAGAGUUUUUCUUGUGAAUUUGUCUAAAGUAAUCAUUUACACAUUGAGCGCGGUGCGUGAACUGACGAAUCGUUUAACGAAGGAAGACUUUUUGAGCGUUGUGGAAAUGAAAUUUGCUAACAUGACAUUCGAUAGCAACAGGUGGUUCCAACUGAAACGGAGUUACAGACAAUAAGUAACUAGACUUGAUCACUUUGUCUUCUAAAAUCACGCAAGACAGAACUAUUUGAAAGAGCUCGAAUUGACUGAAUUCAAGAUUUGCGAUACUUUCCCAAGGCCCAGUUCGACUACGCUGUCAAAGGUGCAAACGUAACGUGUCUGGUCACGUUCCCCGGCCUGUGUUUCUUGACAGGAGGUCAAAGACCCGAGAGACCUUCUCCUUGCCACAAUAUUACGGUGACGGUUCAAAAGACAGUCGUCAUCUUGAGUGACUUAGAUAUCGAAACAAAAGAUGACUGUUCUAAUGUCGUUGAAGUUUCCAAAAUGACGGAAGAUUAAUUCGCUCCCUGCUCAGUGAAAGCUUCUCUGGCUGUCAUCGAUAAGGACAUGGUGGUCCCCUUCGACAACAAAGCGUCUCGCCAAAAUGAAGUGCUGACCAUAGAUGUCCUUAACAUGUUAUCAAAGGAAGACGGCGAAUUGUGUUCUUACUGUGUAGAGCAUGAGUCAGAAUGUUGCUGUACAAGCAAAGUAGAUUUACAGUAAUAUCUGUAACUAAUAAAAUGAACUUUAAGGACGCCAUCAUCAAAGUGACAAGUAUAGACUCAAAACGUUGAAAAAGUAUCAGAAAAUUCCUUAAUCUUAACAGUAUAAGAUAGAAAAUAAUAAAUCAGCUUCAAUAUAUACCUAACAUAAAUGCAAAAAGUAAAAUUAAGAGGAUUGUCCUUCAAAAUGUCACGCAAGUCACUCUUUGAACAGAGUUACAUUACGCAACAGCAUUAAGUACUCAAAAACUCCUGCUUCUCAGUCCUGAAUUACCUCUACAGCUACAAUACAACAUCAACAAUGGUGAACGCCUGCCUCAUCAUCAGUUUCCUACCGGUGUUAUUAAGAUACGGCCAGUGUGUGACCAUCUUGAGUCUGACAGUUCCAGAGGUGGUCAAAGCAGACUCGGAGGUUAUCCUGGACUGCAACUACAGAGUGCGAGAAUGGGAGAGGUCCGGCCUGGUUGUCAAGUGGUACAUCGACGGCGUCCACCUGGUCUACCAGUGGAUUCCUCCUACUCGCUCCCCGCAGGUGUUAGGAGUCCUCAGCGGAUACGUCAACACGACCUAUCAGGUGAAGGGAGGUCCUUGGGAGAAGCACCGUGCUAUCUACAUCCCUCGAGCCCAUCCUCAGCUCUCGGGACGCUAUUCCUGCACCGUCAGUACCUUCGAGGAUGAGGACACUCGAUCAGCCAGUAUGAUCGUCUGGGCUCCCGCCCGCUACAUGGACCUGACCUACCACCGUCCUUCGGAGCAUUUGGUGAACAUCACCUGCCUCGUCGGGUACACAGCCCCGCGGCCCAUGUUUACAUUGUACACCAGAGUACCAAAUGGAAGCAGGUACGAAGUGGACGUCCGGGGAGUGAGCGGUGGGGUGCGAAACGGUCUGUGGUCGAUAGGAUCGUGGGGUCUGAUCGUCUGGGCUGAUACGCCGCCUGAAACGAUCAUCGAGUGUACAGUUUCGCUCCCAGGUACAACGCAUAAGCAGACCAUCAGUAAAUUCUACAAUCCAGAUCUUCCAAUAAUUACUACUACAACAACAACAACUACAACCACCACCACCACCACAUCAGCAUCAACUACAGUGGAACGAGAGACUGCCCGUCAGUUGUCAAAUAUGUCACAACGCAAUCAUGACAGAGUCAGCAGCUAUUACGACAAUCCAAGUUUAUACGGAACAGCUAACUCUGGAACGAAGUCAGCGCUUUCUAGUGCUAAAAUCUUCAGUAUUUUAUUCAUCACGUACUUCCCGUGGUUGGUGAAGGGACCUGCUUGAUGCUGACAACUUUCAGGUGGAAAAAUUCCAUAGAGAGAGACUGACGCUCGAGUUCCAAGUGUGGGAGAUUUCGCGAGACCUUAAAGACGUCAUAUCAACUGGGAACAGCUCAAAUGCUGCUGUCAGUAAAACGAGACCAAGCUGACUCACGUUCUCAUAGUGUACAUAAAAAAAUCAUGAGUACUUUUACAGUGGUUAAAAGUGUGUUUAUAUUGAGCUUGAGUUGAAGCAAAUUGCUUGAAAAAUGUAUGUAAAACCAAUGUCCUGUACAAUGUGUUCUUGAAAAGCUUCAUAACUAGUGGAAUUGUAAUGAUAUACAAAAGUGUCAAAACGAUAAGAACAUUUAACUUACAAACCUUCAGUUUAUGGCAAGAAUUUGUGCAUUUGUGCUCAAAGUUAAAAAGGAAAGAGGAAAAUAGAGAGAGACAGCUAACAGACCUGGAUAAAAAGAUCCGGCAGCUGUUCAGCCGACGUACAACAAUGGCAAUUCUCAGAAACCCUUCAGUGUGAGUAGGAGCUUGUGCAAACAGGACAAUUCUAAGAAGGACGAAAUCUCGGCUUGUGAAUUAGAGCAGAAUUACUUGUAGAGAAGUGUGAGUGUUUUCUAGGACAAUUUACGUACUUCCCGAGUCCUGUGUAGUUUCAUCCAGGAGCAAGGAAGAAGUACAUUGUGCCUGAUUCAGUCAAUGAAAUUGCCUUUAGUCAAAGAAACCGAGAAUAGUACUGUGGUUUUUUUUCUGUGGAGAAGUUCAAUAAUGUUCGAAAGUAGAUUUCAGGGAGAAAGUGAGGCUACAUUACAAAUAACAUAACCAGAAAGUAACUGGCGCGCUUUCAUCCGUUUAAAAAAGGAAAAACUCAUGAAUAUUGUACUAAAGAUUCUGCUGGCUAUACAAAUCAACUGGAAGUGAGAGAUAAAACCGAUUUCGUGAAGAAAAGCCUCAAUUGGCGGUGAUCGAUAACUUGAGAAAAAUAUUUAUUUUUCAUUUCCUUUUACUUAGCAAAUGGAAACAUUUCUCAAUUCAGGCCUAUGAGAGAAAUCGUGAGAGAACAUUUAAAACCAGUUUUCUCACGUGAAUUUGCGGAGCCUAAACUCACAAAAGGGUUCCAGCAAAAAUCUGAGACAUAAUUUUUUUUUCUUUUUGAAGUUUGAAGAAUGGAAAUGAAAAUGCAGCCUCAGUGUAUAAGAAAAACACGAGUCUAUCAAUGGGUCCAACGACGAUUAAUGGGAAUGUCUAUAUAAAUAUGAAAUAAACUUAAAUAAAUGGAUAAUGUACAGAGAUAAUGAAACUAGAAACUCCAAAACAAAGCAUCGGAGUUUAAAGAAAAACAAAAUAUCUCCUUAAAAAUGGUGUUGGAAAACCUUUGACACUUGUUUUUAUCAGAUCUAAGAUGAUGACUGAUUAGCUCUGCAGUUUCCUUUAUUGAUGUGUGCACAAACAAAACCCUCUUUAUUUUAAAUAGGAAAAUGUUUGCAAAGGUCACAGAACACGUACCAUUUCCUCUCAGACUAUUACUUUUAAUCUGGUCACCCAUUUAUAAGAUUAACCAAUGAAACGCGACAAAGUAACUCCAAAUAAAGCUGCCGAGGUGCGCUCUGGUUCGCGUGUUGUGAAAUGGAAUAAAACUCGGUUUAAAAUCAAACGGGAAAUAUACUUCCAACUUUGAUAAUCAAGUCAAUUAGAAGUAUGUUUACAGCUUUGAUAAUCAAUCCAUUUCAUUUCAAUUAACGUCCCCGUAAAAGUAAUUUUCGGUUAUCAUUUACAGCACAAAACGAGAGUUUGUGCAUCGUCCAAUUAAUCGUUACAAACGACAAAAUCCUAAACUGAAGCGCAUAAGACAGCCUUCGUUCAUUUACAAUCAUGGAUAAAUAUCACUGCCUUAAUUUCCUUGUAACCCCUAAAAGUAAGUACGUACUCUGACUCGCGUUAUCCAGUAGGCAAAACAAUUUAGAAGACCUCACGCAAGGAGUUGCCGCGAUUGUGUCAGGAACUGAAAAUGAAAACCAGUUAUGAGGAGAAGCGAUCUCACAGAUUGCAGUCAUUAGCUGUCUGGAUGUUGUGCCUAAGAACCCAUACAUGUAAACACCAGAAUUCCUCCCACUCUUCUUACUUACUUAGCUUAUUUUAUUACUGAUCAGUCUCUCAGCUCGAGACAGUACGAGGACGCAUAAACGGUACAAAAAUAUUUGCGAGACAUUACGAGGACACAUAUACGGUACAUAAAUACAUGCAUAUGUGCAUUGUAACGCUGCGUCUGCAAUAAAAAUCAUAUACGAAGACAACAAAUACCUGUAUACAUGAACACCUGUAGAUAUCAACUAUGUUAAUACCGUCAUUCGUCAGCUACCAAUUACCAGGGUGAAAUUAAAAACAAAAAACACCACAACUUACCAAAAUUAAAAUUAGUAACUAGAAAUCUACAAUGUAAAUAAAACAAAAACUAAACUGAAAACUGAUUAUCAGCCCAACGCAACUCAUCCAUGUUGCCAAAGACUAUUGUCAGAUAUUAUCAAGUUGUAUUCUGUCCUUAAACAAAACUAUUUGAGACCUCACAAAGAUACACUAGUCCCAUUCCAAACACACCUUUCCUUCUCACUGAUAUCAAAUAAUUCUCUCGGAAAACAACUCUCCCCUUUGGAAAUGCAAUUCAUAUUUUACAAUGAAUACAAACUCAACAUACACAUACGCAAAUUCCUAAUUGAUCCAAGUCUAAUUGAGGGUUAAUCUUUUCACUGUAGCACUAUUUUCCUAAAAAAAAAAAAUUGUUUUCUUCUAUAGCUGGUGUUAGCUUAUAUAUGUUAUAUAUCACUGAAGAGUUAAAUAUACGAGUCUUGGAUA